CGAUGAUUGGGAGCGCCAGGCUAAAUGUCUCACCAUGGGGGUACCACUGACGUGCGCACCGCAUCACGAAGAGUCAUUAGAGCCGCUUGCAGUUAAACACGCUCCAAGCCACACCCGUUGAGCUAAACCCCCAACGGAGAAUUUCUGGCACGGCGUUUUGUGAUAUUCCUUUGUGUUUACCCCCUGCGGCUGCUUUUCCCACAUACCUAAAGUAGGUACAAUGUCGCCAUCAUACAUGUUCAAAAGGGUCCCCUCCCUUGCACUCGGAUGUUUCUCCCUUCCACCCAUGCCCCUUGAUGGUGAUAGCGCAGCCAGCGUCGACGCAAGCAAGUGAUUCAGAAACCAACAGAGACAGACAGGGAGAUAGAGAGAGAGGAGAGUUUAAAGAUGUCGAAACCCCAGGACCGCCAUCACGAUCACGCCAAUGGGCAGCACCACGAGAUUCCCAAAACACAUCUCAGCACCAUGGGAGGCCACCUCGUCGCCGCCUCGGGCGAGUUCGUCGGCACCUUUUUCUUUCUGUACUUUGCGUACGCAGGCAACAUUAUGGUGAUCAAGCAGGGAGUUUCCUCGGCCGGUGAUGGUACGCUGAGCAGUGAGGGCGUAGUCUUUAUCGCUCUGUCAUACGGUCUCUCUCUGCUCGUCAACGUCUGGACCUUUUACCGCAUCAGUGGCGGUCUCUUCAAUCCUGCGGUCACUCUAGGCCUUUCUCUCGGCGGUCAAUUGCCAUGGAUGCGGUCCGCUUUCCUCGUGCCGGCCCAGAUGCUGGCCGCGAUGUGUGCCGGCGGACUGGUUGAAGCCAUGUUUCCGGGUCAAGUUUCGCAGGCAAACUCCCUGCUUGGCAUUGGGACGUCUGUUGCCCAGGGUCUCUUCCUUGAGAUGUUUUUCACCGCGCAGCUCGUCAUUGUUGUUUUCAUGUUGGCCGUGGAGAAGUCUCGCGAUACCUUCCUCGCACCAAUCGGUGUCGGACUGGCUCUGUUCAUGAUCCUCAUUCCAGGCGUCUGGGUCACUGGUGGUUCCCUUAACCCCGCCCGCAGCUUCGGAUGUGCCGUCGCGGGCAGGUCGUUCCCCAACUAUCACUGGAUCUACUGGCUUGGGCCAUGCAUGGGAGCUGCCCUCGCAGCUGUGUAUUACCGGUUUGUGAAGUGGGCUCACUACGAAGAGGCCAACCCUGGUCAGGAUCUACCAGCAGACCCGAAGGACCUUGCUGCAGCUCACCCGGGAAACCAUGGGCUACCUCAUAGCUUGAUACCUCAUCGCCACGAAGUCUGAUAACGAUCAGAACAUGUAUAAUUAAUGGUCCUGCGGUAUCAGGAUGGCAUAUUGUUCUUGUCUGGCGACAACAAGGCACAAAUAAUCAAUCGAGGGACGGGAUACAGCAUGAGGCUGGUAGUUUACAGGGUUAAUGGCAUUAUGAGCAUUUUGAAUCAACAUGAAGUUUCGGAUU